AUGAUCAGUUCCUACCUCGAUCUACCAGCAACCAGUAGUACCGUCGAAUCCACUGCUCAGUCGCAAUUGUCGUCACCUCCUUCAAUCGAGCCCACUGACUGGCCUGUCGGUAUGACAGUCUGGCUGUACACCCCUCCCCGGACCACCGGUGACAUCGUGUCCAAGUUCCGCAAGUGCUGGAUCGGCCCUUGUCGCAUCGCCGCGAUCAGAUCCAUCGACAUCCGCGAUCUCAUCGACCCUCAACAGUGCAGACAGCUUUGGAUCCACGUCAGCCGCCUCAAGCCAUUCUACGACCGCCAAAGCACCACCCCUGAGCCCUCAGUCGUCCCUGCCGUCGACCCCGCGUCUGUUCCCUUGCCCGAGCCUAUCAGGAUCAACCCUGUAAUCACCUCUCGUUGUUUGUGA